AUGGCUGCUUUCUGUCCCAGUGCUACACCUGUCCUCAGACUGUGAUAUCAGUGCAGCCUCAUUCACUUCAAUGGAACUGAAGCACAAUGCAAUCAGACAGUCUCUUCCAGCACCAUCCAGACACCAAGUCCCACUUCACUCACAUGGACGUGACCCCCGGCAGUCAGGAUCUGAAGACACAUGGAGGGAAGAUCAUCCAUGCCAUUAAUGAUGCCCUCAACCACUAUGGAAAACUGCAGGAGAACUUGGCCACACUGCGGGAGAUGCACACCAACAAGCUGAAGCUCAGUGUGGACACCAUCAAGCUGCUGUGUGGUUGUCUCCUGGAGGUCAUCGUCAAGCAUUUCCCAGAUGUGGACAAGUCGGCCUGUGACAAGUACCUCAAUGAAGUUGCUGUUGCCCUGAUUACCAGCUGACGGGAGGAUUCUUCUCAGAUCUAUGUCCAUGCGUCUCCUGUAACCAGCGUCUGUCCUCCAUGAUACUGAUGGCUGCUCCAUGACCCGGGAUCUCCAUUCUCCUGAUGGCUAAUAAAUAUUAUAUUUGUA